AUGCUCAUCGUCUGCCAAUACAUCGGGACCGCACCGCAGCUCGCCGCGCUGAUCUACACCGCCGUGGCCAUCUCCCUGCCGUUCUCCGCCCUCUGGGCCGCACAGGCGGUCGAGAACCAUUCGCGGAGCGCCGCGAGCGACCACCAUCCCCGGCGGCCGAUAUUGUGGAACGUGUUCCGGAACGGCAGCGUGGGGAGUUCGAAGGGCAAGAACUCGUAUGCGGACGACGAGACGACGCGGAAGGCGACCGUCAUGGCGGUGAAUGAUAUCAGUGCUUGA